GGUCCAAAUCAGAAUUAUGCAAAGAUUUUGGCUGCAGGACUAAAGAUUUAUCCACAUCCUCCCAGUUAUAAUGAUGUGAUAAUUCCAGAGAAACCCAAACUGAAAUUCAUCAAUAAAGUUCCAAAUUACAAGAAACCCAAGAAAUGGAUGAAGAGGCUUUGUGACAUCCGGGGGCCUGCAUUGCGAGCUGUUACCAUCACCAGGGGCCAGUAUGGCAUUGUGGCACUUGGGGGUGGCUACCUUCAUUGGGGUCACUUUGAGAUGAUGCGUCUCACUAUUAACCGCCGCAUGGAUGCUAAAACCAUGUUUGCCCGCUGGCGUGUAAAUGCUCCAUUCAAACCCAUCACCCGGAAAGGUCUGGGGCAGAGGAUGGGUGGUGGGAAAGGAGCCAUCGACCACUAUGUCACUCCAGUCAAAUAUGGCCGCAUUAUACUGGAGGUUGGUGGAAUGUGCGAGUUUGGGGAGGUGGAGCCCUUCCUGUCCGAAGUAGCGAAGAAGCUGCCAUUUCCUGCAAAGGCUGUUUGCAAGGAGUCCCUGGAGAAGAUGAUCCAGGAAGAGCAGGAGAAAGCUGAAAAUAACCAGAAUCCCUGGACGUUUGAAAGAAUCGCAGUCAUGAACAUGCAGGGCAUUCGCAAAGCCCUCAGUCCAUAUGAUUUGAAAUAUCAUGGUAAAUUCUUUGGAAAAUUCCGUGUUCCUAAUAGGGUAUGAAUGACGACAAAUAAAACUUAAUGAAAAUCUC